UGUCGAUGACCUGCCUGAAACGUAUGGAAAUCAGGUACAUUCAAAUUUCUUUGUUAUACAAACGCUAAGAUGCUAAUGAAAUUGGAUAUUUCUAGGUACACAAGCAUACGUUUACGUGCUUCAAGCGUAACGACAAACGGUGCAGGUUUAAUAUUCCGUACUGGCCGAUGGAUCAGACCAGGAUAUUGAUUCCAAUCACGGCGGGCGAUGGUCGACUCGACGAUUUGCGAAGACGUGCCGUCCAAUUGCGAGAUGCUCUCGAAACUAAAAGUUUCGACUCCCUGGAAGCCUUCCUUGUCGACUCCAACUGCACAUACGAGUACUAUCUCGAUGUGAUUCGUGCUUCGAUUCGCCGACCGACGGUUUGCUUGCGACGGUCCAUGACGGAGCUCUGGACCAAUUCGUUCAACCCCUGGAUUGCGAAGAUCCUCAAAUCCAACAUGGAUUUACAGUUCGUUUUGGAGGAGUUUUCGUGUGCUGCCUAUGUCGUUGAGUACGUAAACAAAACCAACAGAGGCAUAAGUAGUUUACACCGGGAGCUGGUCAAACUCCAAGAAGAACAUCCGGAAAGCGACUACAACGAUCUUCUCAAGAAAGUCAGCAUUAAAAUGCUCAACGCCGUCGAAAUGUCUGCUCAGGAAGCCGCGUGGUACUUGCUUCGGCAACCGAUGUCGGAAGCUAGCCGAAAGGUGGAGUUUAUCCCGACCAUGUGGCCGCACGAGCGAAUCAAGUCGCGGAAAAGGACGAAGCAGAUGGACGAGGAAGAGCUAGAAGAUGACUCGACCGAUGUUUGGACCCUCAAUAUCAUCCAGAAAUACGAGUCGAGAACAGGAAUGGAUGACAUUUGCCUGGCGGAUUUUGUGGCCUGCUACACGGAGGAAAAGAACGCAAAGAAUUCGUUCAAAUUGCGAAGCUUUCCCCGUGUGAUACGCUGGUGCGCAUACAAUAUGUCCGAGCUGGUUGAGUACAAACGCGAGAUGGUGCUGCUAUUUCUGCCGUUUCGAAACGAGGUCUGCGAUAUACUGGACCGAAAUAAAUUUCUGCAGUUAUAUGAGGUCAAUGAGGCUACCAUCCUUGCCAAGUUGAAGGAGUACGACUGCGAAAUCAAUUUGGACCAGGUCGUGGAUGAGUAUAUCCGGCUGUCCGACGAGGAUGACGAACAGCAAGCAGCAGCUGGUCAAAAGCGCGAUGAGUUUGUCCGAACCAUCACCAUGGAACCGAACGAUGACGAUAUUCAGUACUUGCCGACAGGACCCAUGGCGGCUGUUGUUAAACAGCGUUCCAAUGUUCUGUCGAAACAGGAGUACUGCGAGAUGGUUCGUGCGACGAAUGCGGAGCAGCGUGAUUUGAUCCUGCAAGUAAUCGACAACUUGCACAGUUUUAGCGACGACAGCAAACCAGUACAGAUUUUCUUCACCGGUCCGGCAGGCUGUGGAAAGACGUUCACUUUGAGAAUCCUGAUGGAGACGGUCAAUCGCUUCAGCCAGGCGCAUAACUCGCAAAGUAAUGCCUACGUAGCUUGCGCAUCCACAGGGAAGGCAGCCGUUGCCAUCGGUGGUACCACAGUCCAUUCCGCGUUCCGGAUUACGAUGUCCCGUAGACAAAGCUCAAAGCUGAGUUUUGAAGCGCGGCAGCUGUACCGUAAUGCCUUUGCAAAUGUAAAGGUCAUUAUUGUUGAUGAAACCAGCAUGCUUGGAGCUGAUGUUCUCAACACGGUACACGCUCGGCUGCAAGAAAUUACGGGCAACUAUGACGAUCCGUUCGGCGGUAUGUCGAUUGUGUUUUGCGGCGAUCUACGACAGCUACCCCCUGUCAAUGCACGACCAGUGUUCAAACCCUCUGCCAAUUCGAUGCACGGUGCGGUGUUGUGGCAGUCUCUGGAGUUUUACCCACUGGUUCAAGUCAUGCGUCAGGCAAACGAAGAGUUUUCCUCUAUCCUGACCAAAAUCGGUAACGGAGAACAGUUGUCCCCGGAAGAAAUUCGCCUGAUCGAGAGCCGUUUUCGUACAACGGAAUGGUGUCAGCAGCAUGUACCGCAGGCAAUACGGCUAUUCCAUCGAAACGCCGACGUGGAGCGAUACAAUACCGUAGCAUUGAUGGAUCGCGACGCAGCUGAAAGUACGGCGGAUGAUGUGUACUCCGGGUACAAAGACAACUCCCAGCUGGUUGGAGCGCGCACGAAAGUGCACAAGAUGGGCGUUGUGGAGGCUGGCGGUCUGCCGUAUUUACUACGACUGGUGGUGGGUACCCCGUACAUGAUCACCACAAACAUCGACGUUGAAGAUGGUUUGGUGAACGGUGCUAUCGGUGAGCUUAUGUUCGUCGAGCACAGCGAAGAUGAUCCGCAGCAGCAAAUCGUCAAGCUGUGGUUCAACUUCGAGAACAGCUCUAUCGGCAAGGCGUUGCGGGUGAAGGCCCGCCCGCUGGUGUACUCGAAACCAGGAGUUUUGAAUCCGGAGUGGACCCCAAUCGCCAAGCGCUCCGCGAACAUCAACCUCAACGGUGGCGUCAAGUGCAGGAGAAUACAGUUUCCGGUGGUGAGCGCAUGUGCCCUUACGGUGCACAAGUCUCAGGGCGGCACCUUUUCGGAGGUAGUGUUCAGCUACGAGAGAGGCCAAGAACAGCAGCUGGUGUACGUUGGAUUUUCCAGGGUGACUUCACUCGAGGGAUUAUUCCUCACCAACCCUACCAACAGCUUCCGGUUUCACCACGGCAAAGGCGCAAUCACGCCAAGAAUCUGCGAUCUCCGCACAGAGCUGGAGAGGUUGAACAACCACCGCCUGCGCACCAUCGGCGAAGACGUCAUGGAGGUGAUAUCAUCGAACCGAUCUGCUUGUACGAUGAUGAGCUUAAAUGUGCAAAGUUUAAAUGCACACUCAUCGGACAUUGCAACAGAUCGUGUUCUCUGUGCCGUCGACUUGCUCGCUCUCAGUGAGACUUGGGUGGACAACAGCUCGCGCGCAACCGUGGCUGGGUUCCACUGUAUCGCCCAAGAGAAGCGCACCGGAGCAAGAGCUGGAGGAGUUGCCAUCUUGCAGAGCACACAAUCAUCGACCAUGGCUGUUGCUCACGAGAUUAACAAGCUCGAUGCCAGCUACGAUCCGAUGAUGGCGGUGGCGGACGAGUACGGUGACAUCUGCGCCAUUGAAUUGCCGGUUAUGGGCACCCGUACGCUCCUGUUUUCGUUGUAUCUGUCACCGGGUACUACGUUGAAGGAGAAGAAGCUCUUCCUGGCCCGCAAUCUGAUCCACUAUUUUAGUGUUGAUACGCCCGUCGUUGUAACCGGCGACUUCAAUAUCGAUGUAUCGAAACCGGAUAAUUUCGAGUUCAUCGACUUCAUGCGGAUCUAUCUGCGCCUUGAACUAGCUUCGGAUCGAUCGCUUGCGACCACUCUCGGCGGUUCAUGUCUCGACCUGACCUUCAUGCGGAACAUUCGGGUAGCAUGUACGAGGUACUGUGCGUACUUCUCCUACCACAGGCCAAUCCUGUCAGUGCUGGAGCUGCCUUGCGGUAAGUUUAAUGAUAUUCAGUGAAGCAUUUCUUACCUUGUCUAUUUCACAUAUCUCGUUUCAGAAGCACCGAUAUGUUCCUCCCAUGAAGAAAGCUCGUAGAUUCCAUCCCGCUUAUCAACCCCCGACAUUGCAUCAACCACACCGUACAACAUCGCAAUCCCAUCGCAUAUCAACCUCUCGAAAUUGCAUAUCAACCCCCUCCGUUGCAUAUCAACCCCCUCGACAUUGUCUCGACCACGCCGUACACAUCGCUAUCCUGUCGCACAUCAACCCCGCCGACAUUGCAUCAACCACGCCGUACAUUCUCGUUAUCUCGCCGCGUAUCAACCUCUCGAAAUUGCAUCAACCACGUCGUACACCAUCGCUAUCCGGAUCGAUCAUCCGCCCGCGUACCACGAGUUGCGAGAGGCUUCCAUCGCGAUCAUCGUACUCUGAGUACACCGCAAAACUGACUCAACCAAUAAGUAAAUAAAGCAAAUAGAAGUCUCCAACAACAAUUCAAAUAAUAUAUUUUAUCUUCUAUAUAAAUUCUUUGCAGUUCCCGGCUAUGAACAAAACGACCAGAAAACCCUGCCGUCAACAGCUUGUCUGUUCGCCCGUCUUGACCUUCACGGUGCGAUUACAAGAACGUCCUGGGACCAACGAGAUUUCCCGGAAAACAACACUACCAUCUUCUUUAUUUUCAAAGGCCCUUUUCAGGGCCACCAUUGGUUUAUUCCACAAAGAGUCGGUUUCGAAGUAAUCUUCCAUUUUGAAUAUCACAAUCCACACAUAUCAACCCUGGAGCCAAUAGCCACAGCUGUAAAGGCGUGACCAUGCUUAGGGUGACGGGUUCGAAUUCUGGUCGGUCCAGGAACUUUUAGUAAUGAACAUUACCUUGGCUUCUUUGGGCCUAGAUUAUCUCGUGCCUGCCACACGAUAAUAUACACAUGUAAAAUGGUCAUUGGUAGAGGAAGUUGUCAGAUACUAACUGUGGGAGUACUCAUAGAAGCUGAGAAGCAGACUUUGUCCCAGUGAGGACGUUACGUCAAAAAGAAGAAGAAGAAUCAACCCUUUUGAAGAGUUCAUAUUCCAGGCACCACUUAAACACACAGCGAUUGGUCCAAAGCGUUACUUAGAACCACCUGCGUAUCAUUCUGAAGUUUGGGAAUUUACGCUCGGAAAUGUUGUAUCUGCUCAUGCAUCCCUAACACAGACAUCAAAUUAGUAUUGCACAAGCAUAUUAUAACGAUGUUUCUAUCCCGUUUCGUCUAUUCCACUGUGUCAGUUGUGUUGUACUGUGACCAUACUGUGUGCUUGUGAAAACUAGUGUAAUGAUGAA